GUUUUUUUUUUUCUCCCUAUCAAUACACGACCUGCGCGUGUAGGUUUUUUUUUUUAGCACGCGAGUUGACCAGACGACACUCCUAGUAGCCCGUGUUGUAUAGCCUCAUGUCAGUGCCGUACAGGAGUGUGUUCAAUGUGGACUGAUCCUGUUUGGAUUUUUCAACCAUGUGAUUUAGAUUUUAUGAGUUCCAUUCUAUUCAAGGCGCAUGGAUUUUGUUUUAAACUACUAAUUCACAAAAGUUGAAUAUCACGUUGAAUUUGGAUACUAGAGACUGCGUCUAUCUUGGUUGUCGGCAAAUGUUCCAACUAGUCAUUACUGUCAAAGACAAGGUGUAACAAUGAAGAGGAUGAAAUAAAGAAAUCGCGCAAGAGGAUAGUUUCACUGUGUGACAAUUUGGAAGAUGUCGGUGGAGUGUUUAGUUGAUGAUAACAUCAACAUUGUUUUAAACGCUGAUCUCAGACUGUGUGACAGAUGUCAGCAGUUGAAUACAAAUAUAGUGCUUCAGUCGCCGACAGUCUCUCACAAUGACAUCAUUACGCAGUCAUUUGACAAUACCGGAACAUGCCAUCCCGAAACAUCUCAGCAUAACUCAAACCACGAAGACACAAAGGUUUCACGGGACUGCCAAGAUAAUGCCACAAGUCUUUCCCACGAUGAUCCAAAUGUUUCUAACAAGGAGUUACAAAACCCCAACCGAGAGAUUCCUGUUCCUUCUUCCCUCGAUGCCAAUCUUGGCGCGAGACAUCCCCACCAAUCAACAGACAUUGCAGACACAUCCACGUCUCGGCAGGGAAUAAGUGCACAGCGGUGUUCCCAGUGUGACGUUAACCUGAAUAGUCUUUCAGAAUCUGAGCCCAGAUCUGACUCGGUACAUAGGCAUGAGUCUGGUCAGUUCAGUUCGCAGUUUGAGCAGAAGUCAAAUCACGUUUCUUCCACUGCCACAUUCCAGAACAAAUCUCUAAGUGUGGGACACGUCCAGAAUGUUGGUCCUGACAGGGGCCAUGGUGACCACACCAGCCAUAAUCUAGUCUCUCAUGAAAGCAGUCCACUCCACAAAUCUGCAGCUGCGAGCCCCACAAAGCAGCACCGUGCAGGCUCUGCUAACAUGCGCGGACACAAAAGGUGGUCCCAGAAUAAAACUGGCAGCAGGUCAAUGACCAAAGACAAAGAUGGCGAUAGCCGCAUGAUAUCCAAUGACCUGCCGCCUCCGCUCCCUUUGGAUUUUUACUACGAGCUUCAUGACUUUGAUCACGUGAAUGAAGACUUGUCUGCUGAUGUUGUAUAUUCCUUACAUCUGAGGAGUUAUGAAAUCAAGGAAGUGCUUGGAAAGGGGAUCAGCAGUACGGUGCGCAGGGUGGUGGAGAAGACCACCGGUCAAGAGUUCGCCGUCAAGAUCAUAGAUAUCAGCGGCGAGAAGGGGGAGUCGUCCCAGGUGGAGCAGACCAAAAAGGACACCUACAGGGAAAUACGGAUACUGCGCAUGUGCGGCGGCCACCCCAACAUCAUUGAACUCCACGAUGUCUUCGAGACCCCAACAUUUAUUUUUCUAGUCUUUGAGAUAUGUAAGAAAGGUGAACUGUUUGACUAUUUGACUUCUGUAGUGUCUUUAUCAGAGAAAAGAACCAGAAUAUUUAUGAGGCAACUUUUAGAAGCAGUAGAUUUUAUACAUAGCAAGAACAUUGUACAUAGAGAUCUGAAGCCAGAGAAUAUUUUACUAGAUGACAACUUAAAUAUCAAAGUCUCAGACUUUGGUUUUGCCACAGUGGUGGAGCCAGGGGAAGAACUUGUUGAGCUGUGUGGUACACCAGGAUAUCUGGCCCCAGAAGUUCUGGCCCACUCAAUGUAUGAGAAUGUUUCAGGCUACGGCAAAGAGGUGGAUAUGUGGGCUUGUGGUGUCAUCAUGUAUACUCUAUUAUGUGGGGCUCCUCCAUUUUGGAACAGACGUCAAAUGAUGAUGCUAAGGGCCAUAAUGAACGCUGACUACACUUUCAACAGCCCAGAGUGGGAUGAUAUAUCAGAGCCUCCUAAAAAUUUGAUACAGAAACUGUUGAUAGUCAACCCUCAGCAGCGACUGACUGCUAAAGAGGCUCUUAGUCAUCCAUUCUUUCACAAUCAGGAAGCCAAGUCCUAUGAUGAAUAUAUCAAAUAUUGUAGACACUCAAUCAUUGAAUCUACAAUCAGAAUGAUGAAAUUUAUAGAUGAAAAGAAGUUUGAUGCACGCAGAAAAUUUAGAGCUGGAGUGUUUUGUGUGGUCUUCUACCUACGUCUUAACUUCUGCUACAAGCACCCUCCACCCAUAUCUGUUGAAACAGUCAGGAAUAACCCCUAUGGCAUUAAAGUCUUAAGGAAGGUGAUUGACACUUGCGCCUUUGGCAUGUACAAACAUUGGGUCAAGCGAGUUGAUAAUCAGAACAGAGCAGCCCUCUUUGAACAUACCUUGCGGGAGGACUGGAAGCACAGCCUUAUGACCCUGGAUGGAGUGGUAGCUUGACCUCUGCAGAGUGUUAGCCUUUCUUUACUUAAGUAGGAGAUGAAAUAUCAGUUAAGAUCAGGUACCUUUAGGCAUAAUUUAUUGAUUACCAAAGUGUGUGAUAGCUGCAUUGUUAGUAACCUUUAUUUUGUUUUAACUUUGAGUAUGUUUAUACUUUUUUUUUAAUCAUAGUUAUAUUCACUUCAUUUGUUGUUUUUAAAUUUAUGAAAAAAAAAAAAACGAAAAGCAUUUUUCAGUUCCAAUUUGACUUACCUGGCAGUAUUAAAGUAAACUCUUGUUAGAGAAAACAAAAAUAGCUUGGCUAAUGGCUUGAGAAUAAAAUACUGCUUAAAGUUAAAGAAACACCACAAAACAAUUAUGAAUGAGUUUGUUAAAAGCAAGUUAUACUGUACAUGUUAUUUAUUGUUUGCCAUUUCCCCACCCCACAGACUACAAAUGUUCCUAUUGCUGUGAUGAUAAUGUUGAUUUAAAUGAUGUCUUUUUAAAAUAAUGGUCUAAAUGUGUGUGAAGUGUAAGCAAAAUAUUUUGGAUGUUCUGGUAUGCUGUUUUUUUUUUAAACAUUGAAGAUACUUGGUUUCAACAGAUUUGUGUUCAUGUUUGUGUAUGCUGUAAGUUGAAGUAUGAGUAUGCUAUCAAGCUGCUUAGUUGUCACUCUUAAAGGUUCUUCUAGCUGCCUUGAAGUGGGCAAGAAGUAGACAGCUGCUGCUGGUUACAAUCUUAGCCUGUUUGAUCUCUUGUGUGUUAGCUAUUAUUUAUGGAUACUAGACAGUAACAGGUGUUAAUGUAUGAUGGACAUUAGUCAUUGAAAGAAAACAAACGUGGCCCUAACCCUUGCUUGGGUAUGCGGGCCAAGUGGAGCAGUUGAUUGUGGAGAACUGAAUGCAGCACUACAAUUGAAAAUACUUACAACAAAACAACCCAGGAAGGAAGACAAUCAUUUCUUUGGAAAAAAAAAAGAUUUUAUUCUUGCCUACCUAUUUUUUUUUUUUCCAGUUUUACCUUCUCUUUUAUUAUUAAAAUUUGUAAAACUAAAUCUAUUACAGGAAAAAUAUUUUUUUUAUUCAUUUUUUUUCCCCCCACUUUUGCAGAAAGAAUAUACCUGUAAUUGUAUUUUUUUUCCGUCACUUAAUUUCUGUUAUCUCUAUGUAUUUUUUUUUUUUUUUUUUUUUUUUUUUUACAUAUCUUUAUAAAUAAAGUAAUUAACAAUGCAACAAUUAUUUGGGAUUUUCAAACUAAACAAUGUCAAGGUCACUAAAUUAAACUUCAAUGUUGCCAACCAAUUUAAAUUUUAAAAAAAAUUGGAAGAGGUUAAAAAAAAAUUAAUUUUGCUUUGCUAAGAAGUGCGCACAAAUUAUCAUUAACCAAUCAAAAAACAUAACUUAUCAUCACUUCCCCUUUUCUGUACACCAGACGCACCAAAAAAAGCUAGCUAUUAAUUUUUUCCUCUACAGAUCAUUUUUCUUCCUUUUUUUUUAGGUUAAAAUUGCUGAGUUGUUUUAUAUGUCAGCGGUAGCAUUCAUUUUUUUUAUUUAAACUUGUGUCAACUAAAGGGUAUUGUGCUUUUAUAGAUUGUUUCAUUUGAAUCAAAAGAGUUGUGGAUACUGUAUGCAUUAGUGAUCUGUUUAUUCAGGAUAAAAACAAAGUGUCUUUAUGUUGAUUAUUGUGGUCAGCAUAGUCACAAAAGUUGUUCUUUGGCUGGCAUGGCAUGUCUCUAAUGAUAUACAUUAGUUGGUUGUUUCAAUAUUCUAUUUUUUUGUUUUUGUGAUGUCCUAAUGUAUGAAUGAGGUAUUGUCUUGGUGGGACAAUGUGCCUUUGUUCAUUUGUGUGCUACACAAUCAUGGGACGUCAAUUACCUUGAUCCUGUUUUAGUAGGGCUUUGAUCAGGGCAUUGUUUUCAGCCAUGUGAAUAGUUGUCCAGUGUAGCCAGAGUUGAUCAUGCUGCUAGUUUGUAUUUUAGUGAAAAUUAUACUUAGAUAUAUUAGGUAAUUUAAAAAGAAAAGUUGAGAUCAGAUUCUAUGGCUAGGGCUCAAAUCACUUCCACCUUGCUUAUUAAAUAAUGAAAACAUUAUUCUAGCAUUAAUAUAACACACAGUGAAUGGGUUAUUUUCACUCUCAAAUCACAAAAUGGUCUAAGUGGCAUUAGUUGAAACAUAUAUUCUUUCUGAGAUAACAAAGUGUACAUAGACUUGUAUAUAAACAUAAAAAGCAUACUGAACAUGAGUGCAAGCCAGUAGUUCGGUUGUCUGCUUAGGGGAACUCAAUGAAAUCUUUGAGGUUUCUGGCUUUGAAAGGCUUAUUUCAUUCUCUUCAAGGCUUUCAUUAUUUCCAGCAUUCUCCAUCUGGUACUCACUUGGUUGUGCAUUCUUCUAUAGAGCUUCUAAUAAAAUUUUAAUUAAUUAUUUAUAGCACAGCAUACUUAAUGUUUUCCAAAGCCUUUUCAACAAUUGUAAGACAAACUGUUGAUCCUGAGCUGUGACAUCUGAAGUCCCAGUUUUUACAAUGUUGUGUAUUGUCUUUGCUACCUUGACAUUCAGCAUACCCGGUACCAUUUGUUUGUUUAGACUGAAUCAUCAGGGUACUAGAAUUGUCUCUCUUUAAAUCUAUCUUGGCUUCCAUGAUGGAAAUAUAUUUCAAUAAUGUGUUGAACAAACUUUGAAUGUAUCUGAAAUAGGAUUGAAUUUGUUUUAUUCCAUGCUAGAUGUCACACUACUUAGAUGUUGUGUGUGUGCACCUGUUGUAAAUAGUGGAUGUAAAUAUGCGUGUGUCUGUAAGAACUGCAGAGAUGUGAUAUAGUAGAUGUUAACUGUGUUCUUAUUCAGUAUGUAGAAAAAAAAAAGAAAACUGCACCUUAAGUUUUGUUGUCUGCUAUGCACAUAUUAAAAUCAUCUUUUUUUUCUAGUUAGAAAUUGUCGUGUCAAAUCAUGGCGUUUGGGCUGACAAUUCUUUCUUUGCAGGGGGAAUGGAUGAAUAAUUUUCUUCCAUCCUUGUUCAUUAUUUUCUAGGAUUCAGUUCCUGUCUAGCUAUUAUAAUAAAAGAGGCUAGAGAAAUAUUCACUUAAGAAGAAUCUAAACAAAACUAUUAUUCUGUGUUUCCUGACCUAAAUGUUAUGAACUAGUUGAGAACUUUAUGUCAUGUAGUGGUUAACAUCAGAACUUUGAACUUUACAAAAAUAUUAUUUGGACUUGUAAAUUACAUAUAACUUUAUUGAAGUAAUUUAAAAAAAAAAUUAUGUCAUCAGGAUUUGGUAGAAGUUCCAUUGUAAGUCAGUUGUAUUUUGACAAUCUGUACAAAGAUGAACUAUUUAUGGUACUAACACUAAAGUACUAACUCCAUUUUGCAACCGGUGGCUGCUUGUCAAAUGUAAAAAGUAAUUUAUGCAAAAGUUGACAUUUAUCUGUCCAGUAUUUAUUUUGUUUGAUCCCCGCACAAACACAACAGUAUCAUUGAGAUAGAAAUAGUUCAUUUUGUUUUUAGACUCAACCAUUUUGUUUUAAACCAUCCAUAUAAAUAUUUUUUUUUUAUUUUUUUUUAAAUGAAACUUUUAUCUGAUAUUGUAUCAGCUGUAUAUACAAUCAUGUGACCCAAAAGAGUUAUAAUUAUUUUUUUGAGAUUUGCAUGCAUCCAUUAAAAAAAAAAUUCAUUUAACCAUGUUAAGUUUACAAAAGAUUUUUUGUUUUUUUUAGUGGCCAUCACUAUUGAAGUGAGAUAAAUAAAUAUUCUAUAAAUAAAAGC